AUGGAGCCCAGCAACAGGACAGCAGCCUCUGAGUUCAUCUUGAAGGGCUUUUCUGGCUACCCGGCCCUGGAGCACCUACUCUUUCCUCUGUGCUCAGCUAUGUACCUGGUGACCCUGCUGGGGAACACUGCCAUCGUGGCGGUGAGCAUGUUGGAUGCCCGCUUACACACGCCCAUGUACUUUUUUCUGGGUAAUCUUUCAGUUUUGGACAUCUGCUACACGUCUACUUUUGUUCCCCUGAUGCUGGUCCACCUCCUGUCACCCCGGAAGACCAUCUCCUUUACCGGCUGUGCCAUCCAGAUGUGUCUGAGCCUUUCCACAGGCUCCACAGAGUGCCUGCUGCUUGCCAUCAUGGCCUACGACCGCUACCUGGCCAUCUGCCAGCCACUCAGGUACCCUGUGCUCAUGAGUCACAGGCUCUGCCUGAUGUUGGCAGGAGCUUCCUGGGCACUCUGCCUCUUCAAGUCGGUGGCAGAGACAGUCAUUGCCAUGAGGCUGCCUUUCUGUGGCCACCGUGUGAUCAGACACUUCACCUGCGAGAUCCUGGCUGUGCUGAAGCUGGCCUGUGGUGACACCUCAGUCAGCGAUGCCUUCCUGCUGGUGGGAGCCAUCCUCCUCCUGCCUGUACCCCUGAGCCUCAUCUGCCUGUCCUACAUGCUGAUCCUGGCCACCAUCCUGAGGGUGCCCUCGGCCACAGGGCGCCGCAAAGCCUUCUCCACCUGCUCUGCACACCUGGCCGUGGUGCUGCUUUUCUACAGCACCAUCAUCUUCAUGUACAUGAAGCCCAAGAGCAAGGAGGCCCGAGUCUCGGACCAGGUCUUCACAGUCCUCUACGCUGUGGUCACCCCCAUGCUGAACCCCAUCAUCUACAGCCUGAGGAACAAGGAGGUGAAGGAGGCGGCCAGGAAAGUCUGGGGCAGUAGAUGGGCCUGCAGGUGAGGGGGGCAGGGCUCUACGCGGGUAGGGCUCUUGGC